AUGCCACACGCUCUCUCACCACCACACCCAAACCACGCCUCAUCACCGCCCCUCAAAAGGUCUCCUCCAAGCUCACCAUCCCACGUUCGGCCUGAGGUGAACACGAACUUUGCCGCCGUCGCCACGGGUGGCAUUCCCUACCCCGGCAUCCCCAAGAUCGAAGAUCCGUAUCAGAAGCGACAAUGGCAGCUGGAGCACAUGGCUGGUGCGUUCCGUGUGUUUUCUCGUAUGGGCUUCACUGAGGGAGCUGCGGGACACAUCAGUGUUCGCGACCCUGUUGAUCCUACUACUUUCUGGAUCAACCCCAUGGGCGUUCACUUCGGCAUGCUCAAGGCCAGCGACAUGGUUCACAUCAACGAAGACGGCCAAGUCAUCGGCGGCAACAGAGUCGCCGUCAACGCCGCGGGCUUCAUGAUCCACUCAGCCAUCCACAAAGCACGCCCUGAUGUCGACGCUGCCUGCCACGCGCACUCCAAGUUCGGCAAGGCGUGGUCGACGUUUGGCAAGCCCCUCGACAUCAUCAACCAGGACGCCUGCAUCUUCUGGAACAACCAGAGCAUCUACUCCAACUUUGGUGGCGUCGUUUUUGAGGACCAGGAGGGUGCUCGUAUCGCUGAGGCGCUGGGACCCAAGAACCGUGCUGUUAUCUUGCAGAACCAUGGGCUUCUCACAGCUGGUGGCACUGUUGAUGAGGCGGCGUAUCUCUUUUCGCUCAUGGAGAGGACGUGUGAGGUGCAGCUGCUUGUUGAAAGCAGCGGACUUCCCAAGCAGAUCAUCGGCGACGAGGAGGCGCAAUACACAUACAAGUAUAACGCCGAUCCAGAAUCUCUCUACACCGAGUUCCAGCCUGAUUUUGAGUACGAGGUUUGGCAGUCCAAGGGAGAGCUCAACUCGGGGUUCUAG